UACACUAUUUGCACUCAUGCAGGACUGGUAAGGCCGGAGCAGCUUCGUUAGAGCAGGUGAGGCGUUCGAAAUAGCGACGCAUAAGCGAGUAUCGGAGCCAGGUCUUCGAUCAAGGAGGAGCGCUUCGCAACGGGCACGCUUGGAGGAAGGUGCAUGUUGACGAAGUCGGGAUCAGCCGGAGGAAGAGGGCAGAUGACGAUGGCCAGAUAUGGAGCGCCCUUACACGGCACCAGUAGUCUUUGCAUUGAUGUCUAUGGGAAUUCGUGUCUGUUAGGUGUUCAUACAUAUGAGAUGAAGUCUUCCCAUUGCGUCGACGAGGCGUAUAUCACAUCGUGGGGUGGUCAAGUACCACGACAGUCGGUUCACUUAAGUAGCCUUCUGUCCCCGCGCAUCCAUACAGAAGGUGGGAUGCCGCUUACCUUGAAUCAAGUAAUCGAGGUGGCACACACAUCACCCUCCAUAGGGUACGACUUUUCUACCGUGAACAAGACUGCAGGACAAGCUGAGUCUAUGGUGUUGUUAUAGCAUACAUUGAAAGCGGUGCAAUGUUCAGACCGAAGCAAAUCCACUCCUUGGCCCCGGAUUGCUCCAGACACGUGACAACACAUCACGCGACAUUCUGUGCUAUCGCGCAUUCCAGGGAUUCCCGGACGGAGAUACGGCCGAUUUGAACGUGACGAAGGAUCGAUCUUUGCUACUGAUAGGGUCGAUACAUCAUAUGCUUAAA